GCGCGAUUGACCAGUCAACCACAGUAAAAAUUCUACACUGCACCAAAGGACGGCGAGUCAUUGAGACUGAGCUGCAACUCGCCGCCGCCGCCACCGCCACCGCCGUCGUUCUUGCGCCCGCCAGAGCACCAUUGCCCCAUGCCCGAGCCCGAGCCCGAGCCGCCUCGCUCUGCUCCAGCAAAUCGCGAGCCGCCCCACGCCUGAGCCGCCGCCGCUCUAAGCUAGCAAGCCGUCCAUCCCUCGGGGGCCGCCCGCCCUCGCUGCUUCUCGCAGUUUGGGGGCCGCCGCCCUCGCCGCUCCUCCUUUGCGGGGCCGACGCUGCUGCCCGCCCCUUGGAGGUUCUCACGGAUCUGAGAAGGGGACGAAGGGGGACGGGAGGGAAGAAGGGACGGGCGAGGGAGAGAGAAGGGGAUAGAGCAGAGCCGAGCGGAAGCGAUUCGUCUUGCGCGGCCGCCGCCACCGCCACCGCCGCCGCCGCCGCCGCCUCUCUCCCAGUGGUAUCAUCGACCGGCAGGAUGCUUCCGCAGAAAGCGCCCAAAAUCGCGUCUGCUGCCGCCGCAGCUCCGGUCGAAGGCCGCGACCAUAUCAGCAACCUCCCGGACGCCGUGCUGCAGCACAUACUCUCCUUCCUGCCGGCGCAGGACGUCGUGCGGACAUGUGUGCUCGCCAAGAACUGGCGCCACAUGUGGGAGUCCACCACUGUCCUGCGCUUCUUGUGCGGCAGAAUGAAGGAACCAGAGUCCACGGUGGAGAUUCAGGAGUUCGUGGACCAUCUGCUGCGCCUGCGAAUCCGCGGAGGCAUGCCGGUCGAUACCUGCGAGUUCCGUCUCCUCGAGUUUGAUGAGGACGAGAUGAGAAGCACCAUCCUUUGGAUCCGUAUAGCUCUCCAGUGCAAAGUCCGGGUGCUCCAGCUCAUCUGUGCAGGCAAUUGUGGGGACAUUCCUUUUCUCGAUGGCCAUCCUUUCUUCAUCUCCCAAUACCUGAAGAAGCUAGAGCUUUAUCGAAUCGACUUGAGUAUGGAUAGGGAUAGCAGGUUUCUUGACUUCUCCUGCUGCCCAGUUUUGGAAGACCUUGAGAUUGUUCAGAGCUACCUAGCGUAUGCCUUACUCAUUUCGUCACAAUCCCUAAAGCGUCUAAACAUCCAGUCUUGUUCUUUUGGUGAAGAAUGGCGCUUGCCUAUCUGUGCCCCGAAUCUUGUUUCACUAUGGCUUGAAGUCUGUGAUGGCAAUACUCCAUCGCUUCAGAUGUUUCCAUCCUUACUCACAGCAUUUGUCAAAAUAAUCCACAGUUAUGAUCUGGUUACCCUUGACUCUGAUGAUGAGAGCAACCAAAGUAUUAUCUUGCAAGGUUUAUCGGAAGUUCAGAACUUGAUGCUGAUAUCUCCUGAGACCGACAUGUUUAUUUUCAGAAGGGACUUGAAAUUUUGCUCUAGUUUCAACAAGUUGAAGUAUUUGCUCCUUGAUGAAUACUGGUGAGAGCCUGCUGAUUUCAGUGCCCUAGCUUGCCUCCUCAAACUUUCACCGGUGUUAGAGAAGCUCACUCUUCAACUAUAUUCAGAGGGACCUAAACAUAAUGUGGAGAUUAAACUGAGCUGCAAACCAAUGGAGAUAUCAACUGAAAUAUCACAACACCUUAAGACACUUGAAGUCAACUGUGAAGUGUAUGACAAGAGAGUUUGCAAUGUUUUGACGUUUCUUAGUAAGAAACUUAACAUAUGGUUCCAGUUCAGCGGAUAGAAGGCUAUGCAUGAGAACUGACCUACUGGCACUUAAUUAAGUCAAGGUUAAGUUUGAUCAACUAAAGCAGCACAAGAAUUAAUGAUGUCAUAUUUGUCUGUAAUCAGGUAGCUGGCGUGGUACCAUGCUAUGCAGUUCAGGCUACCAUCUCGCUUAAUAGGAGCUUGCUCAAGCUAAUUCUACUAUUUUUAUAUGUUCAUUUCCUUUAAUGAUGUAUCAGAAACCUAAUAGCACAUUUUGCUUGCAAUGUUGAACCUUUGCUAAGGAGCGAUCACUUAUAUUCCUCGAAGUUUGAUAUUCUGGCCUA